AUGGCGGAUAAAUGGGAAAGUCCAGAUGACGGAAAAAACUCAACAAAAUUACAAUUUAAAAUUAAGAAUGAGCCAAUGGAUUCAGACCUACCGGAGGAAGAUGAUGUUCCCCCAGCCUUCGGACCUGCCGCACUUGGACUUCAUAGAGUCGGCACGAAAUUACCGCCAAAACCUGCGCCUAGCGAACCCGUACAAAAACUGAACGCAAGAGGUAUGCCCGCUCGUAUUAGAAAGAAAAACAGAUUUAUAUUUGUUGAUGACUUCGUAAACACAUCACCACCUCGGCAAUCGCCAAAACGAACUCCCAAAGCUUUGGCUAAAACUCCCAAUAAGCCAUCCAGUGCUAAGAAACAAAAGUCACCUAUAAAAGCACAGAAAACCAUUGAAAAAUAUGAAGAAAAACCUGCGACGCCUGGUAAUCAGUCUCCAGACCGUAAAAGUGGUCAUAGAAUCGAUUCAGAAGGUGCUGCAAAGUUUGAUGUUGGAGCUGAAGUACUUGAGAGCGGCUGUGCU